AUGGCGUCACCUCUGACGGACAUCCCCGACCACCUCCUCGCAGAGAUCUUCCUCCGGCUGCCUACCCCGGCCGACCUCGCCCGCGCCUCCACCGCCUGCGUCCCCUUCCGCCGGCUCGCCACCGAGGGCUCCUUCCUCCGAAGGUUCCUCAGCCUCCACUCCCCGUCCUUCCUCGCCUUCCUCAAUGAGGGCAGGUUCCAGCCCGCCCUCCCGCCUCACCCCUCCGCUCCUGCCGCCCGCGCGCUCGUCCUCGCCGCCGAUUUCACCUUUUCCUUCAUUCCCUCCCACAGCCGCUGGAUCGUGCGCGACAUCCGCGGCGGCCUUGUCCUCCUCGACCGCGAGCUCGAAAAGGACGAGGAGCCCACCAACUUCCCAGAGCUUGUGGUGUGCGAUCCCCUGCACAGGAGGUAUCUCGUGAUCCCCCAAGUACCUGACGACCUAGCCCCUUCUUUGGAGCACACAUUUCCCAGGCUACCAGGGCUCGCGUGCGUGCCUUUCCUCCUUCCCCUCAGCGAGGAGGCAGCAAAGGAGGAACAGGCAUCAUUCAGUGUGAUUUGGUUGGCAUAUUAUGAAACUAUGAUGGCCGCCUUCGUUUUCUCUUCAAGCACUGGACAAUGGAGAGCUGCUGCAUCAAAGGCUUGGAGUGAUUUGGCCUUUGGCGAUCUCGAACAUUUCAUGGCGCCAAGGAUCCCACCUUCGUGUAUGAGGCGCCACUAUGCUUAUGGCGUCUUCUACUGGGACUUGCUGAUGAUCACGAGCAAAAAGAUGCUCGUGCUUGACACCAACAGGAUGGAGUUCUCGGUUAUCGACCUACCGCCCGGAGAAUGGAGCAGAGAAGGUUUAGCCAUUGUAGAGGCAGGGGAAGGCAGGCUUGGGAUGUUUGGUUUCCGUGGUGAAGUUGCAUCUCAUCUCAGGUAUACCAUUGCACAGAACAAAGGCACGACUCCUAGACAGUGGCAGAUGGAGAAGACAAUUGCACUAGAUUCUGGCUACAAGUAUUAUAUCAAAGCUGCAACUGAGAGGUAUUUGCUAUUGGUAAGGACACAACGCUCAUCUGUAGCUAACCCACUCUAUGAAUAUCUCUCAAUGGACAUCAAGACGUUGCAGCUCCACAUGUUUGUGUGA